UACAUCAUUCUUGUUGGAGGUUUUGUUUAAAAGAAACCAUUCUGAUAGUGAUUUCAAGAUCAAGUUUGAACCUAACCAAUUAUGGGAAAAUGGAGCAAGUAUCAACCACCAACCAGCUGCAAUGCAUUAUUUUCUUUCUACACUUGUACAAUAAAGAGGAAAAUUUGGAAAAAGGACAAAAAAUGAUCAAACAGUCAACUUUCAAAUACUUAAUGAAACAAUAAAGGGAGCAAUAUUUGGCCAAUCUUUAAAGAUCUGAGGUUGUUAGAAUCUACAAAAGAUUGAGAUAUUUAAAGAAAAUCAAUCUGAAGUCCUUCAUAUUAUAUAUAUAGAGCUAGUUUUCACCCCAGACUAAAAACUUAGACAUGGCUCAGUAUCAAACUCCACUUUCUUGGUUCAAUUUGCUUUCUCUUUUGUUAAUCAAUGUGUUUGUUUCUGGGGUUUUCUCCUUAAGUCUUGAAGGAAAUGAGUACAUUUCAGCUGUCGGAGAUUCAGGAAUGAAAUGAGACGCGCUAAGAGUGGCCAUAGAGGCAUGGAACCAGUGCAAUGAGGUUGGAGAAGAAACUCCUAAAAUGGGAAGCCCAAGAGCUGCUGAUUGCUUUGAUGUUCACAAAGCCUCUUCUCAACAACGAAAUCCAUACAAGUUGGAACACAAAGUGACUGAGAAAGAUAACAAGUUAGGAGUAGGAAAAUCAUUUCCUGGACUGGGGAAAGAGGCGCUUAACAACGCAGACCUUUAUGCAGCAGAGAAGGAACUAUAUUUGGGAUCAAAAUGCCAAGUUGAUGACAAGCCAAAUCCAUGGCAAUUCUGGAUGAUCAUGCUUAAGAGUGGUAACAUGGAUACUUAUGCUGCUAUAUGCCCGAAAAACGGUCACAAAGUAGGUCCAUCCAAACCUGUUGGCCGAUUCCCAUGUUUUGGCAAAAAAUGCAUGAAUCAGCCAUUGAUUUACCACAAUUACACAACUUUACAAGGGACUACCCUUAAAGGAAGCUUUUAUGGAACAUGGGAUUUGAGCAAAGGUGCAAACACGACUACCUCUUUCUAUUCUGUAACAUGGCAGAAAGAACUAGGUAAAGGUAGCUGGAUUUUUCACCAUGUUUUAAGGACCUCAACAAAGUAUCCUUGGUUGAUGCUGUACUUAAGAUCAGAUGCAACAUCUGGUUUUUCUGGUGGAUAUCAUUAUCAAACGAGGGGCAUGUCAAAAAUUGUACCAGAAUCACCAAAUUUUAAGGUAAGAUUCACCUUGAAUGUGAUUAAAGGUGGAGGUCAUAAUAGCCAAUUCUAUUUAAUGGAUAUGGGGAGCUGUUGGAAGAACAAUGGAAAGCCAUGUGAUGGGGAUGUGACUUCAGAUGUCACAAGGUACAGUGAGAUGAUAUUGAAUCCAGAAACACCAACCUGGUGCAAUCCAGAUAGCCCAAAAUUGUGCCCUCCAUAUCACACAUUCCCAAAUGGAACAAGAGUUCAUCGAAACGAGACGUCUCAUUUCCCCUAUGGGGCUUACCAUAUGUAUUGUGCACCAGGGAAUGGGGAACAUGUUGAGCAGCCUAGUGUUCCAUGUGAUCCUUACAGUAAUCCUCAACCUCAGGAGAUUUUGCAGAUUUUGCCACAUCCUGUUUGGGGUGAAUAUGGUUAUCCUACUAAGAAAGGACAAGGUUGGAUUGGUGAUCCAAUAACAUGGGAGCUUCAUGUUGGAAGGAUGUCACAAUCCCUUUAUUUUUACCAGGAUCCAGGCACUGCACCAGCAAAGAGGAAGUGGAUGUCAAUUGACUUAGGAACUGAAAUAUAUAGAGACCCUAAUCAAGUGGCAGAGUGGACUGUCACUGAUUUUGACAUUCUUGUACCCAAGUAGAAUUAGAAGUAUUGAAUGUAAAAAAUAUAAAAAAAGGAACACCAGAAAUUGAGGGUGUACUCCAAUUGAGAAAUCGAAGAAGAUUCUCAUGAAUUCUUUUCUAAAUGGAAGAAGUUUCUCAUGAAUUUCUUUUUUUA